AUGUUUGGACUUCAGCUCAGGUCCCUGGGUCCGAUGUUUAUCUUACACCCCUCACGAGGUCAAAGAGAUUCACAGAGCAGACUUGUUUUUUUGCUUUAUACCCUUUUAAACUCAGUCUUAAAAAUGAACCCAGUUGUCUCGCAGCCAGGUUAUGGCUCGGUGGUCUCGGCGUCUAGUGACUGGCAAACCGGCACCUUUGACUGCUUUGAUGACAUAGGGAUCUGUCUCUGUGGCACAUUUUGCUUCACGUGUCUUGCGUGUCAAGUUGCAGCUGACAUGAAUGAAUGCUGUCUGUGCGGAUCAACUGUCGCAAUGAGGACCCUCUACAGGACUCGAUACGGCAUUCCGGGAUCCAUUUGUGACGACUACAUGGUGACCCUCUGCUGUCCUCUGUGUUCUCUUUGCCAAAUCAAGAGAGACAUCAACAGAAGGAGAGCCAAUCGCACUUUCUGA